CAAACUUCUCCAAGCGGAAGAGAAAAUGGCUGCGCCCGUAGAAACAUGCCAUGUCGCUUGCUGUGCCAACCGCGCCGGGCCCGGCGUCAUCUCUUGGGGGAGCGGGGGGCUCGUGGCCUUCGGCUCCUGCCACUCAGUCGUGCUUUACAACCCGCAGAAAAGAAAAGUAGUUGGUACACUGAAUGGUCAUACUGGAAGAGUUAAUUGCGUGCAAUGGAUCCAAAGACAUGAUGAAUCUUUUCCAAAGGAAUUGAUUUCUGGAGCAUCAGACAAACAUCUUAUUAUUUGGGAAACACAAAAUGAGAAGCUUGUGAAUUGCACUCAUCUUGAAGGUCACACCGAAGCAGUGUGUGCUUUGGAUGCUGUUUACAUGACAAAUGGCUCUACAGCAGAGUUAGCUUUACUCAUAGCUUCUGCAGCAUCAGACUCAACAGUUAGAAUUUGGUCUAAACAAGGAAAAGAAGUUCAAUGUCUUCAGAAACUGCUCUUUGGAAAUGGGUUUGCAAUGGAUGUUUCUUUGUCCUUCUUGCCUGGCAGCAAUAUACCAGUACUAGCUUGUGGCGGAGAUGACUGUAAAAUUCAUCUAUACGUACAACAAGCGGAACAGUUUCAAAAAACUUUGGUACUUCAUGGCCAUGAAGACUGGAUAAGAGGGGUCGAAUGGACAGUUAAUAAUGGGCAUCUCUUCUUGGCAAGCUGUGCUCAGGAUUGUCUGAUAAGGAUCUGGAAGAUGCAUGUUACAUCAUCAUUUGUGGAAACCCAAGAUGAGGACAUCAUUAGGUUGAAGGAGAACAUUUUCACUGUAAAAGAUAAUAGCGGUUCAGAGAAAUCCUUUGCUGUCACACUGGAUUCUGUCUUAGCUGGACAUGAAAACUGGGUCUAUGCUGUCCAUUGGCAGCCUUCAUUUGUCAAAGAUGGCAGAAUGGAACAGCCAAUGAGGCUCCUGUCUGCUUCAACAGACAAAACUGUGAUCCUGUGGGCUCCGGAUGAUGAAUCUGGGGUGUGGUUGGAACAGGUCCGAGUGGGAGAAGUGGGUGGAAAUACACUUGGGUUUUUUGACUGUCACUUCAGCCCAGAUGGCUCCAUGAUUCUUGCUCUUGCGUUCCAUGGAGCCCUGCAUCUUUGGAAACAGAAAACAGAAAACAAGGGAGAGUGGAUCCCACAAGUGGUGAUUUCAGGACAUUUCAGUGGUGUGCAAGAUGUGAAGUGGGAUCCAGAAGGAGAAUUUAUAAUUUCUGUUGGUUUGGACCAAACAACAAGAAUCUUUGCUCCAUGGAAAAAAGGGAACAAAGGAGAGAUAUCGUGGCAUGAAAUGGCAAGGCCCCAAGUCCACGGGUAUGACAUGCAGUGCCUAGCAAUGAUUGGACGAUUUCAAUUUGUGUCUGGAGCAGAUGAGAAGGUUCUUCGUGUUUUUACUGCACCCAAAAAUUUCAUUGAAAACUUCAGCAGCCUUUCUGGUGUAUCUCUGGAGAAACUGUGUUCUGGUCAAAUGAUCAAUCUUCCAGAAGGGGCUACUGUACCAGCCUUGGGUCUGUCCAAUAAGGCUGUGUUUCAAGCUGAAGAUGCAGCAAUUCAAGCAACUGAAGAUGAAGAACAACUUAGUAAUGCUUCAAGUCAGUAUCGUGAGAAUUACUUUCAACCAUGUAGUCUGGCAGAACCUCCCACAGAAGAUCAUCUCUUACAGAACACACUGUGGCCUGAAACCCAAAAGUUGUACGGCCACGGCUAUGAAAUUUUUUGUGUCGCCUGCAAUAAAGCCAAAACUAUUAUUGCCUCAGCAUGCAAGGCUUCUAAGAAAGAACAUGCAGCCAUUAUUUUGUGGAGCACUAAAACUUGGAAGCAGCUACAGAGCUUACCUUUCCACAAUCUGACGGUGACACAGCUUUCUUUUUCUCCCAACGAUGAAUUCUUAUUAGCAGUUUCAAGAGACAGAAAAUGGUCGCUCUGGAAAUGGAAAAAUAUCGGUCCAACAGAACCAGAACCAACUUUCUACCUUUUUGCUUGCACUGAUCCUAACGUGGCUGGGCACAGUCGCAUCAUUUGGUCCUGUGACUGGACGGCAGAUAGCAAGUAUUUUAUUACUGGUAGCAGAGAUAGAAAGGUCAUGAUCUGGGGCAAACGUUGUUCAGCAGAGGAAAAUAAAGAGAAUGCCAUGGGACUGAUACAUCUCUGUUCAACAGCCCUGGAUGUUGGGGAUUCUGUCACUGCUGUUAGUGCCAGUCACGUGUUUGCUUCUGAUGGGAGCUACAUCAUUGCAAUAGGGACAGAGAAUGGGAAGAUUCACUUGUACAAAUGGAAAUCAAGUGACAGCGAGAAGCUGCCACUGUCUGAUUGGACCAAAUGUGCUGAGACAAAUGACAGCCAAAGCCACACUCUUGUUGUCAAGCAGCUGUGCUGGAGAAAAUGCGUGGGCAGAGCUGGGCAGGACGCAGCGGCAGAGAGCACCGAAUGGCUCCAGCUGGCAAGCGCUGGGGCCGACUGCUGUGUCAAGAUCUUCAAUAUUAAUAGAGGCGGGCUUUAGACAAUGCCUUUUGAGCCAGAUGGGCCAACUUCUUGACAUGCCGGAAUAUGCUCCGUUUCCUAAGCAGAUUUUUUUUUAAAAAAAACACACACACACACACUCGUUUUUCCUUUUUUUGUACUUAAAGUUGUAGCAACAGACACAUGUAUGGAGUCACCUUAUUUAUUAAAGUGGUUUGAGUACAUAG